CAAGCAAGCAUUAGUGCGAGAGAGGAAUAAUCACUGGCGUUUGAGAUGGUGUGAAACCAACGCAUGAGUGCCGACCGUGCCCUGCGAUGGCCAACACCGUCCUGAUCGUCGGCAGUGGGCCGAGCGGCUGCGCCUGCGCCGCGGCCCUGCUCGACGCGUCCAAGGACCCGACGCUGCGCGUCCUGGUCGUCGAGCGCGGCCCCGAGCUCGCGGCGGACGCGACGGCGCGCUGGGGCUUUCCCUCGUCGUUGAUGGAGGAGCGCGCGUACGCGGCCUGCGGCUACGCGCCCUUCGCGGGCUGCGCGUGGGCCGGCACCGUCGCGGCGCUCGGCGGCGGCUCGGCGCUGAACGCCGGCGCGCUGAUCGAGGACGAGACGUACUGGGCGAACGAGUGGGGCGGGUGCGGGGCGCGGUGGCGCCCGGCCGCCAUGGCGCGGUGCGCCGCGGCGGCGCUGGCGCGGCUCGGCGUCGACGCGGCGCCGCCGCCGGACCCGCGGAGCGACGUCUUCGUCGGCGCGUGCGGGGCCGCCGGGCUCGACGACGCCUUCCGGCCGCGGCUCGCGUUCGACCGCCGGGGCCGGCGCUGCGGCGCCUGGAGGCUGCUGCCCGCCGACGACGCGCGCCUGCGCGUGGUUCACGGCGAAGCGCUCCGGAUCCUGACGGCGGCCGGGCGCGCGACCGGCGUGCGGCUGGCCGACGGCGCGCGCCUCGAGGCCCGCGCCGUCGUCGUCGCGGCCGGCCCCGAGGAGACCGUCAAGCUGUUGCGGCGGUCGCAGCUCGACGGCGGCGGCGCCGUCGGCCGGGGCAUCUCGGACCACCCGUCCGUGGCCCUGCCGCUGCUCGACCUCCGCGGCGCGGCGCCGCCCGCGGCGGCGGCGGCCGCCGCGGCCGCCGCGGGCGCGCUCCUCCUGGGCGGGCGGCGCGGCGCGGCGGCGGCGGCGGCGGCGGCGGCGGCGGCGGCGGCCGCGCUCGCGCUGCGGCCGCGGUCGCGGGCGGCGGCGCGCGCGGCGCCGGCCGCCUACGCGGGCGUGGCCUGGGACGCGCGGCGCACGUUCCAGCUCAGCUACCUCGGGGGCCAGGGCGCCGUGUGCGUCGGGGGCUUCUACGGCGGCGCGCCGCGCGCGUGGCGCGGCGCGCGCGCUCCGGGCGGCGCGCCGCGCAUCACGGCCGCGGCGCGCGUGUUUCUGCGGACGACGGCGGCCCUCCUCCGGACCCUGGGCUGGACCGGCGGCCGCGAACCGGUGAGCGUGGGCGCGGUCGUCGCGACGGCCGCGGCGCCGGCGACGCGGCGCGCGCUGGACGGCGGGGAGGCGCCGCCGUUGCACGCGCAGGACGUGGAGGUGCUGGUGGACGGGCUGCGCGCGGCCGCGACCGUGACCGAGGCGCUGCUGAAGGCGCGCGACCCGCCGGCCGGGCCCUGGACGCGCGGACUCGAGGCCGCGGCGUACCGGGUCCUCUCGGUCUGCGGCGCCGCGCCGCGGAUGGACCGGUCGGACGCGGAAGCCUUUGUUCGUGGUUGCUGCGGUACGCUGUGGCACCCCGCCGGCGGGGCAUGCCGCGGCGACGCGCUCGACGCGGAGUCGCUCGAACUCCGCGGCUGCGAGGGCGUUUGUGUUGUCGGCGCGGCGGCGAUGCCUGCGCUCCCGCGGGUCAACCCGUCGCUGUCCUGCUACGCGAUGGGCUGGCGCCUCGGGGAGCUCCUCGCCGCCGAAUAGAAUCGUACUAUUG